UUCAUUUUAUCGAGUUCAAAUUCACGAUUUAUUUGAUAUUUUUUUAUCGAAGUUGGCAGCAUCUUUGAUUCAGAAAAAACACGUGCGAAAAAAAUAAUCAUAAUUAUGACAGAAUUGGUGAAAAGUGAGAGUGAAAAUGAGAAUUCGGACAGUAAAAGACCUCAGUUUGGAAAUAGGAUUCUUUCUGAGGAGGAUAAUGUGUUCCAGCACAAUGCUUGGGACAACGUGACUUGGAAUGAAGAACAGGAAGAAUCAGCUCGGAAAAAAGUUGCCGAGAAUUCAGCAGUUUGUGCUUCUCCCGAAUUGAUUACAAAAUAUGAAAUUGAAGCCGAUAAGUACUGGGAUAAAUUUUACGAAAUCCAUCAAAAUAGAUUUUUCAAAGAUAGACACUGGCUUUUUACCGAAUUUCCGGAACUCGCUCCCAGUUCUGCGGAAAAAAUCGCAAGAGUUUUACCAGAUGAUUCUUUUACUCAAAACGAAUUGAUUGGAGAUGGAAAUAAAAUUUUGGAAAUAGGCUGUGGAGUCGGAAAUACAGUUUUUCCACUACUUUUAUACAAUAAGGAUCCAAAUUUGUUCGUUUAUUGCUGUGAUUUUUCGAGCAAUGCCAUUGAAAUUUUGCAACAAAAUUCCGAAUACGACUCGUCUAGGUGUAAAGCUUUUGUUCUUGAUGCGACUCAAGACGAUUGGACGCCUCCUUUCGAGGAAGGAAGUUUGGAUAUUGUCGUUUUAAUAUUUGUACUUUCAGCUAUUCAUCCGGAAAAAAUGCAGCACGUAAUUAAAAAAAUUUAUCAAUACUUGAAACCAGGAGGUCUGGUUUUAUUUAGAGAUUAUGGAAGAUACGAUAUGGCACAGUUGAGAUUUAAAAAAGGUCGAUGUCUCUCGGAAAAUUUUUACGCAAGAGGAGAUGGAACUCGUGUUUAUUUUUUCACUCAGGUAAUCAUUCUUAGUAAAUCGAGAAGCAAAUGCCGACCGGAAUCUGCUAAAGCUGCCUGAAGAGCAAAACGCGGAUAAAAUGCUUCUGAAGCUCC